GUGUGGCAAAUAAAGGAUCCAGACUGAUUCAGUAAACAGGAUUCCUUUAGCCACAAAAUAUAUCGCUUUUGUGCUACAGAGUGAUACGUCAUAAGUUUGUAUUUUUUUUCCUUUUAAAUGAUCUUUAAAGUUAAGAUGUUGACGUUUACUAAGUCCAACUCAUCAUCAGGCAGUUUGACCCAGCCACUUCAAAUUGUUAUCUUUACUCUGUUUGAUUGAUUUUUGCUAUUUUCAGUUCUCUGGGUUUUUUUUUGAAAUAUAUCACUAUUUUAAGGCAGGUCUGAUAUUUGUAUCUUGACCCUGAUUUUGAUUGAAUCAGGAGCAAGUUUCUCUUGCCUUUGUUCUUGGUCUGGGCUAUGCUUCCCUCUCUUAUUAUUGUUCUAUUUUUGGAAGUCAUUGUUGGUUAUUAUAUUAUGCUUAGAUGGCCUUAGUUUUUCUUUAUUGGUCUUUUUGUCUCUCAUUUUAACUUGAGUUAAUAAGAUUUUCAUGAAGUGGGAACAUUUGUCAUCACUCUGAUGAUUUACCUUCUGGUAUCAAUAAUUAAGUAAUAAUUAUAUCAUCUUUAUUUAUUUAUUUUUCCUUUUGUUUCUUAUACUCAUACUAUAUGUUGCAACGAAAUUCAUCAUUUUUAUUAAAUAAAACCAUUUGGAGAUCUGACAUGGACUUAAAAGGUGUUAGGUCUGCUUGAAAUACAUUUUCUCUCUCGUUACUUUUUGUAAGUAGUUUGUCUUGGAGGAUAUCUUAUCUAUCAUGUAGUUUUUUCCCACUUUAUAUGAUCUUAGUGUAAUGGUAAUAGAACUUUCUUAUAUGCUAACUGGUGGACCAAUUGAUGAUUUCAUAUCUAGUAAGUUGUUUUUCUUAGAAAUGUGCAUCUUAUUUUUUUUAUUGUCUCAGUUCUUCUGGAUCAUAAUAUGAUUAUUGAGGACCAUGAAAUUUGUUACUAUAUUUACUUUUUUCAAGAUGGGCUUUGGUACAACGGUUAGAUUGUACUUUUGCGACACGAGAGACCAAGGUUCGAGCUAAAGAACUUGUCACUCAUCUUUUCAUAGUUAUUGGUAGAUAACAACUGUCAGGUACAGAUGCACUAUCUGAAUUUGGAUCAGUAUUCCUGGAAAGCUGCAUUUUUUUUAUUUACUGAUUUAUGAUAAUAAGAGACUUUUUGGGGUGGCAUAUGUAUUCCAUUGUAUAUAAGCACUUUUGACUUGUUUUACCAUAAAUCUAUUCAGAUUUGUCUGUUCCAGGUGCCCAUGAGCCAUUCAAGUUCACAGUUCUAUUUGCAGAUAGUAUUGUUGCAUACCAGUAAUUGUUUGUAAAACAACCAGUCAAAAGUGAAGUGGCUGGACCUUUUUUCAAAUUUCAGACCCAUUUACAUCUGUUUAAACUUUUAUUAUUCAGGAUGUCACAUAUGAUAUUCAUAAGAGGCUGAUCAUGCAUGGGGGUGUACCUAAAUCAUUUAUGUACUCGCGCUUCUUUUGCAGAAAUUACUCGGCAUUUUAGCUUCCUGUGAGGCAGCCAAGUUCAGAAACAGGUUGUCAUAUCAGGAUUGUUGCUUGUGGUGGAGAAGCAAAAUAACCCCAUCUACCUCCAUAAAGAAAAGCUUGGUUGAUUACAAAACAUCUGAUUGCCAUGAAGGAUUGCAGCUACAGUGACACUUCAAAUUAUUUGGGAGGGGUUCGGCAUCGUAAACACCCUAGUGAGGUUUCUCCAGAUGCAGAUAAAGCAAAUAGAUCAAAUUUGCUUGUUAACGACCACAAUAAAUACAAAUCAAUGCUUAUUCGUGCUUACUCAUCAGUGUGGAUGAUAGGGGGUUUCUCUUUUAUAAUCUAUAUGGGUCAUCUUUAUAUAUGGGCCCUAAUAGUGGUCAUCCAAAUUUUUAUGGCAAGAGAGCUGUUUAGCCUUCUCAGAAGAUCCAAUGAAGAAAGACAGCUUCCAGGAUUUAGACUUUUGAAUUGGCAUUUUUUCUUCACUGCAAUGUUGUUUACUUAUGGACAUUUUCUUACCCAGCAGCUCGUUAACACUGUGACUUCAGAUAAAUUGCUGUGCCAGCUCGUCAGUGGGCUUAUCAAAUAUCAGAUGUUUAUUUGUUACUUCCUAUAUAUUGCAGGCUUUGUAUGGUUUAUUCUCACACUGAAGAAGAAGAUGUAUAGGUAUCAGUUCAGCCAGUUUGCAUGGACACACAUGAUUCUUCUAAUGGUUUUCAUACAGUCAGCUUUCACUGUGGCAAACAUAUUCGAGGGUAUCUUUUGGUUUCUCUUACCAGCAUCACUUAUUAUUAUCAAUGACAUUUCUGCAUAUUUUUUUGGGUUCUUCUUUGGAAGAACACCAUUGAUCAAAUUAUCUCCAAAGAAAACUUGGGAGGGAUUUAUUGGGGCAUCAGUCACAACGUUGCUCUCCGCCUUUGUGUUAGCAAAUAUUAUGGGUCAUUUUCAGUGGCUUACAUGUCCUAGAAAGGACUUGUCAACCGGAUGGCUGCACUGUGAUCCUGGCCCAUUGUUUAAGCCAGAAUAUUUUUCACUACCUGCAUUGAUGCAUCAAUGGUUUCCUUGGAAAGAAGUGGCAAUUUUGCCUGUACAAUGUCAUGCUUUAGCAUUUGGUCUAUUUGCAUCGAUAAUAGCACCAUUUGGAGGAUUCUUCGCAAGUGGCUUUAAAAGGGCCUUCAAACUUAAGGACUUCGGCGACAGCAUUCCUGGACAUGGUGGUAUUACUGACAGAAUGGACUGCCAAAUGGUUAUGGCUGUGUUUGCAUACAUAUAUCAUCAAUCAUUUGUCAUGCCUCCGAGUUUCUCAGUUGAGAUGUUCUUGGACCAGAUAUUAAGGAACCUUACCAUUGAGGAGCAGCAGCUUCUAUACGAGCAACUCGGGAAUUUUUUUCAAGCAAGGCAAUUGUUGCAAGCCUAGUUCCUUCUCUAAUUAGCAACCGGCUUUAUGUACAUUAUCGUUUUCAUUGUUCGCUCUCCAGAUGGGUCUUAAGAGUCAAGCAUAGCCCUUUAAACUGCAUCUCAAUUUUCUUUCUGCUUGGAAGCUCUAUGUAGUGUUGGAACUUCCCACACACCUCUGCAAAGUGCUCGCUCUCUUCCUUUUUGUCUAAGUACCACAUCAUUUAGUAGCUGAUCUACACUCCUAGGAUUUCAAAAGAUUUCAUAUACUUGGCAUAUUUCUCAGGCUGAAGGCUUUCAAACUGCUUUGAAAUGGUAUUAUCUCAUGUUAGCUUGCCCUAGUCCAGCAUACUGGAAACCUUGCCCAGUGUGGUUCAUUUGCCCAUGUAACAACAUUUUAUCCUGCAUAUAUGCUUCCAUAUUACAGAAAGGUCAUGUUGUUCGUUUGAUUUUAAGUUAGGGAAAGUCGAAGUACAGAAGGUCAUUAGUCUGAAACCUUUGAUUUGGCUUCAAGGAGGAUAAAGAAUGAAUGCUAAAAUUUCAGUGAUGUACCUAUCAUCUUUUCUUUCCUGCAGAUUACAUUUGGAUGUACACAAUCCUGUCUUCUUUUUUCUCUCUUGUCAAGGAUGUGAACACCCAAGGCAAUUAAUAGGGUGGCAUGUAAUGUGUGGCUUUAGUCUGCUUUUGCCCUGUAAUAACUUUCCCUGUGCUCAUCAAAUGUACAAUUUGAAUCAUUAAAAUGUCAUGUUUAUGAAAUGAAUGUUUCUUUGUCCUCCUUCAA